UCUCGAGUUCGAAUCCUGAGAAUGGAGAAAAUCCUGUUUAGAGCGCCACCCCCAAAUGCGCUCUGCAGAGCGCGAUUCAAAUUUAGUCUGAGCUCGAAUGUGGGCUUCAGAAACCAAAUGAAAAAAAAAACAAUUAUAUAUAUAGCACUCUUUUGCAUGUCAUAUAACGAGAACAUCCCUGCACGUUUUUCUCCAUAAUAAACAAUAUUGUCAAUCAUAUACUAUAUAUCUAUCGUAUUAAUAAUUCUUUUCAAUUUCAUAUCAUCACUUUAAUUCCAACGACGAUGGUCCAAUUCACAGCCCUCAAGAGGCUCACCUCAGCGGGCGCCGGCGCCACCCUUCCCACAUCCACCAACGAUGGCGCUGGGGCCCGCUCAGUCUCACGUCGUCGACGUGUCGCAAAUUCAUUCAUCAACAUUAGGCUCACCAUCUUAUGUGGAAUUGUAACAAUCUUAGUGUUACGUGGUACCAUAGGCCUUAACAACUUCUCCUCUAAUAGUCCCUCCCUAGACCAAAACCAAAAACUUGUUGAAGAAACGAAUCGGAUCAUUGCUCAGAUCCGAUAUGAUGAUAAUGAUAACGAUGAUGAUGAUAAUUUUAAAUAUCCUCAAAAUUCUUCCUAUAGUUUAGGUCCGAAAAUCAACAACUGGAAUUCUACAAGAAAAACUUGGUUGCAUGGAAAUCCACGAUUUCCAAGCUAUAUAAAUGGAAAGCCUCGCGUUUUGCUGGUAACGGGUUCACCUCCAAGUCCUUGUGACAACUCAAUUGGGGAUUAUUAUUUGUUAAAGUCAAUAAAGAACAAGAUUGAUUAUUGUAGAAUUCAUAAUAUUGAAAUUGUGUAUAACAUGGCACAUUUUGACAAAAAAUUAUCAGGAUAUUGGUCAAAAUUGCCAUUAAUUAGAAAAUUAAUGAUUUCACAUCCAGAAAUUGAGUGGAUAUGGUGGAUGGAUAGUGAUGCAAUGUUUACAGAUAUGGUAUUUGAAAUUCCAUUAUCUAAAUAUAAUGAAAAAAAUUUGAUUAUUCAUGGAUAUCCUGAAUUAUUAAAUGAAAAAUCGUGGGUUGCUUUGAACACAGGAAGUUUUCUUUUAAGAAAUUGUCAAUGGUCUUUAGAUUUGCUUGAUUCUUGGGCACCAAUGGGACCAAAAGGUAAAAUUCGCGACGAUGCUGGUAAAAUUUUAUCAGCAAAUUUAAAAGGUAGACCUAAUUUUGAAGCGGACGAUCAAUCAGCAUUGAUAUACAUGUUAAUAUUGAGGAAUAAUAAGUGGAUGGAGAAGGUGUUUGUUGAAAAUUCGUAUUAUUUACAUGGUUAUUGGGCUGGUUUAGUGGAUCGAUACGAAGAAAUGAUUCAAAAAUAUCAUCCAGGUUUCGGAGAUGAGAGAUGGCCAUUUGUGACACAUUUUGUUGGUUGUAAACCUUGUGGAAGUUAUGGGGAUUAUCCAGUUGAAAAGUGUUUGAAAAGUAUGGAAAGAGCUUUUAAUUUUGCAGAUAAUCAAGUGCUUAAAUUGUAUGGAUUUAAACAUAGAGGUUUGUCAAGUCCUAAUGUGAAAAGAAUAAGAAAUGAAACUUUUAGGCCUUUAGAGUUUGUUAAUGGCUUUGACAUUAGACAUUCUACAUUAUUUAGAUUUUAGAGGCAGUCUAUGAAACUAAAUUUUCUUUUUGUUUAGUUUUAGUGUUUAUUAGAGAAAAUUUCUUCCUCAUAUUUGUAAAUUAUUUACGUAGAAUAUGAUCAGUGAUGAUUUAUAUAGUUAA